ACAGCAACGAACCAACUCAUCGAUUAAUAUCCAGUACCUGAACCGAAUCUCUGACCCAUCUGCAAUGGUAGUGCAAGCUAGGAGGUUGAGGCUAAGCGCCCUUUUCCUGCUGAUCCAGCUUGGCUGCUUAAACUUGGCCCUUGCCAACAGCAGAUAUUUCUGCAGUGGAAGUGACCGUGAUCCAUCCGUCUGCAGCAGCCGCCAGUGGGAUGCCCGAAGUCUGGGGGAAUACGAUGAGCGCCUGGUGUACAGACAAGCCCCGGAGCGCAGCGAGCAACACACCCAAAGGAGAGUCCCUGUGCAGUCCGCGGCCCGUGACGAUCGUCGGGACGAGCGGCGCGAAGAGACGAAAGUCCGGUUGGAGGCUGACCGAGAGAGUCUCUCGCGAGUCUUGCGGCAGGAGGUGCCCUUCAUCAAUCGGGAAUCGAAACGAGUGGAGGAUAGGACCCGGGAUGUUCGAGAACUAGUUGAAAGCCAGAAGCGUGAGGUUCGUGAGGAAAGGGCAGUGCGGCAGGAGGAACGUGAACGGUCGGUAGAACGAGAAGUUUCCAGACGCGAUCACCGUGCGGAACGCGAUCGCGCCGAAGGAAGGCGAUUGGAUGCAUCUAACGAGAGACAAGAUCGAGUCAGCUCUAGAAAUGUAGAACGAGAGGUUUUAAGACGUGAAGAUUCAUCCGAUAGCCGUCGCGAUGCACGAGCUACCCGGGAGACCCUCCAACGGACAGAUAUAGAUGACUUACGGCGAGUUGAACGACAAAACUCACGAAGAAUUAAUCGGGAAUCAGCACAGCGAGUAAACCGUGAAUCCCAGCGUCUUGUGGAACGAGACGAUCUUCGAAGUUCGGAACAAGACUUAGCAAGGCUUCAGGAGCGAGAGUCUAAUGAGCGUGAUUUAGAUAGGCGCUUCAAAUUAAGCGGAGAGGAAAAAAUAGUGGAGCGACGUGAGAAACAAGAGCUUUCACGAAGAUCGGAACGUGACAUGUCAAAACUUGGAGAACGCGAGGAGCGCGAGAGAGUCGAUGUCAAACGCCAGGAUACACGAGAGGACAUGCGACUAGCGGAACGACAUGAAUCCCGACGAGUUCAGGUGCAGCGCGAAGAAGUCCGAAGUGAAGAACGAGAGGUAUCUAGACGUGAAGACCGUGAAAACAGUCGCAGGGAGAACACACGGCGGGAGGAACGUGAUGACAUGCGUCGAGGGGUGCGGGAAUCUUCCCGUCGAGUGGAGCGCGAAGAAUUGCGUCAAUCUAAAACAGAUGAACGGGGCUUCCGAGCUAAUGAAAGGCGAAGCAUUGAUCGAAGGGUAGAAACUGUUGACAGGGAGAGCAGGCGUCAGGUGGAAAGGGAAGACCUGCGUCUUAUCGAACGAGAUGUAUCUCGUGGUCUGGAACGAGCCGUUCUCCGACAGGACGAUCACGACUAUUCAAGGCGUGAAGAGCGUGAGCGAGUUGAUGCUAGCCGAUUGGCUGGUCAUAGGGACGAGCGCGGAAUAGAUCGUGAAAACUUUCGACGAGUGGAACGAGGCGAUUUUCGACGGGUCCAACAUGACUCGUCAAUACGUGAAGAACGUGAGCAUCGCGAAGACCGCGAGGAAGCUCGUGACCAUUCUGCAAUUCGACGAUUGGAUAGUCGCAGGGACGAACAACGUGUGGACCGCGAUGAAGUCCGUAGAGAGGAAAAUGAGCGGAAUGAUAUGCGACGCGUGGAUGGAAGUGAUUUGGCUCGAGCAGAGCGGGAUCUCUCCAGACGUGAGGCUGGUGAACGAUUAGAUCGUCGUGAGGUUCGUGAGUCCGUACGACGUGAGCAGCCUCUGUCCAGCCAACAAGGGACCAAGGGCUGGUUGAGCUGCGGCAAGCGCGAGCUGCUGAUGACCGGUCAGAUCCUGCUGAUGGCCGCGCUCUACAAAAAGUCGACCGUCAAUGGCAAGGGACUCUCUGGUGUAGGGAAUGCUCUGGGUGAACAGAUUCAGGGAUAUCUCCACAUGAUCGGUUGCUAAUCCUACUAACGAACCUAACCUACCACAAGCCCCAGCAGCCUCACCCGAUACGGACCAAGAACAUGCACAAAGGACAAAGCACCGAACCCCAGAGCGCGACGAGCCCCAAAGCCGAGACUAGACGGGCUAGGACAAGACAGGGCAUUCCCAUGGUGGAGCCGUGUCUCCCCCACAUGCAUUGUACAAUUUAAUCCAACUGUUACUGUAACUAACCCACAAGCAUAACGAAAAUAUAAGGGAUACUCAGUUGAGCAUCUGCAUCUGCAUAGCAAG